GAGAGAGACAUUUCUUUGAAUGUUGUACCCUUCAUGGAAACAAAUGUCAAGAAAAAGAAUGUGAACAAAGCCUGUAAUGCUCUGCCAAGUGCUGGAGAAGCCCUUGCUAGUGUGUCUAGCAUCUUGCCUUCAGAGCAGGUUUCACCAUCUAACGUGUCAGAUCUUCCCAGAAUUUUGCCCAUAGUAGUACAUCUAGAAGCUGGACCAAAGAAAAGGCGACCAGACACUGCAAUAAUAUCAAAACAGUCAGGUUCUUCAAACAUGUCUUGGAUGCCACUGAAUAGGCCCGUCAUCCCACCAAGAAGACCAUGCUUCAGGGUAUGCUAUAUCUGUGGCAGAGAAUUUGGGUCACAGUCUAUUUCUAUACAUGAACCCCAGUGCCUGGAGAAGUGGUCUAUUGAUAACAGUCAGCUACCAAGGCAUCUCAGAAGACCGGAGCCCAGGAAACCCAAAGUCCCUACUGCUGAUUCCUGUAUGCUUACAGCUGAAAAUGAGGCAGCUUAUCAUAGUGCUCAAAUCCAGCUCCUGCCUUGUGGAAGCUGUGGCCAAGCCUUCCUUCCUGACAGUCUCACUGUGCACAAAAAGCAUUGCAGACAAGGUAGCAGUGGUGUGGGGCUGUCAAGUUCUAGCCCUCAUAGAUCUGGCAAAGGCCCAAGGUCUCAGUCCGGCUCAGCAAGUGAAGAUCCAUCUAAGACCUGCCAAGGAAAGGACACCAUAUUAGACAAGGCACAAGUGACAAGACAGCCACCAGCAGUGAUUUUUUACGUAUGUGGCCAUGAGUAUGGAACAAAAUCUAUUAGUAUCCAUAAGCUGCAAUGCCUGACAAAAUGGCACCAGGAGAAUGACAUGCUGCUACCCAAGCACUUGAGAAUGCCAGAGCCCAAAUAGUCUGAAGUCAGUCCCAUACAAGCCAAAGGCUUCUAUGAUCUUGAUUCUUUAAAUGAGGCUGCCUGGACCAGCGCCCAGAACCAGCUAGUUCCAUGUGAUAUUUGUGGGCGUACUUUUCUUCCAGACAGACUGAUCAUCCACCAGCAGUCCUGUAAACUGAAACCUGCAACGUGA